GGUAGUGAGUGAGAAAAUAGAUCCGGCAUUUACCGAGGCAUAUUUUGUUGAGAAAAAUGUGAAGCAAAUCGUUGUGUUCGCUUGCUGGAACGAGACAGAUAUUUUGGAUUAUUAUCGACAAAGCAUAAAAACAAACAUAAGAAUUACGUAUCAUGAAAUUCAAGAGGAUAUGAGUAUGAGAAAUAUACUUAAAGUUAAUUAUUAUAAGCUUGGCAUAAUUCAUGAUAUGGACUGUCCUAGAAGUCACAUUAUUUUUGAUCAGAAAUUAUGCAUAAACUUCCAUGCACUAUCAGUCGCGAUACAGAGAGCAAUUGUCAAAGCAAUCAUAUUAAAGUUUGCAGCGGCUCGAUUACCGUUCAAUGAAUCUUACCUUUGGCUCACCGUUACAACGGCAUCCGAAAUUCCAACCACGAUUCUGGACAAAUUGCCAUUAACGGUUGAGUCCGAGCUCACCCUUGUUCUAACUCGCAAACUUACUUACACGCUUUACGACGUAUACAAUCACUCCUAUCGCCAUGGAGGCAAACUCAAUGUCACUUACAUGGGUUAUUGGAAUGAUAAUACAUUGGUAAACCAUCUGGCACAAUACAAAUACAAAAGACGUCAGGAUUUUCAUGGAUUACAGUUGAACUUUUCCGUUGUCCUAAUUAAUGAGCCAGAAACCGAUUUGGAAACGUAUCUAGGUACAUUAAUUAAUUCCCAUGUUGAUAUAAUGAUGCGUUAUCAUUAUGCUCUCAUUCUUCAACUUCGAGAUAUGUACAACUUCAAGAUAAAUCUGAAGCGAUCGGAAACAUGGGGCUAUAAGGUGAAUGGAACUUAUAAUGGGAUAGUUGGAGAUAUGCUAAAUGGAAUUGUUGAUAUUAGUGCCUCGCCUUUUCAAUAUAAAAAAGAACGACUCGACGUUUGUGAAUAUACCGUCGAAGCUUAUGUUGUAAAAUUAUAUUUCAUGUUUCGACAUCCAAAAAAAAAUGCAGUUAGAAAUCCCUUUUUAAAGCCAUUUAAGCAGAAUAUCUGGUGGCUGGCAUUGAACGUCAGUGUACUUUCCUGGAUUUUAUUGUUUAUAGCCGCUAAGGUCGAAGGAUACUACAAUACUAAUAAAAAAUCUGACUAUUACUCUAAUUCCACUUCGGAAACUGCGCUUAUAACAUUUGCCGCAGUAUCACAACAAGGAUUAAACGAAGGACCUCGUAUGUAUUCUGGACGCAUUGUUUUUAUUACACUCUUUGUCUGGGCUCUGCUGAUGUAUCAAUUCUAUUCAGCAAGCAUAGUUGGCUCACUGCUCGCUGAAUCUCCAAAAUUUAUUAACACCCUCGCAGAUUUGGCAAAUAGCGAUUUGCAAGUUGGAUGUGAAAAUACACCUUAUACUCGGGAUUACUUCAAAAAUACCAACGAUUCUGCGAGCUUAUAUCUCUGGAAAAAGAAAUUGAAAGCAAACGGAGAAAAAGCAUGGUCUACCGCAAAAGAAGGUAUUCACGAAGUAAGCAAAGGUGGAUAUGCUUUCUUUAUCGACAGUCAAACUGCAUAUAGAAUAAUAGAGGAUACCUUCGAGCAAUCGAAAAUUUGUGAAUUAACGGAGAUCGAACUUGUACCACCGCAAUAUGUCUCUUUAAUCACAAGCAGGCAUUCGCCUUUUAAAAAAAUGGUCAUUUAUGGAAUACGUCGGAUCAUUCAAGGCGGUUUAAGUCAGCGAUUGUUUCGAAUCUUCCAUCACAGAAAACCAAACUGUCUGGAGAGCUUCCGCUCGCAGCCGUUGCCCGUUGAGAUGCACGAGUUCAGCCCGGCGAUGUUCAUAAUCAUUAGUGGCAGUAUCCUCGCGAUUAUUGUCAUGAGUAUCGAAUACUUAUCAAUGCAAUUCGUGUUCAAGAGAUACAUUUAAUAUUCGCUUUGAUCGCAUCAUCGAUUCGGGAG